AAAGUUACCGAGUUGACGUUAUCGCUGUCUUGUGCACUGGGGACAGUGGAAAUUGUGUGGUCUAAUUUUAUUCGAAAAAAUAAGGAAAUGGUUAAUACAGCUCAGUUUUUCACUUAUAGAUACAAACAUCUACAACUUUGGUUGUCACUUCACUCAUGGUUGCAUAGCGAAAGGUAAAAUAUGAACUUCACGGAAGUAAUGAGAGGAAGUGGGGGCCAGGUAUCAUGGUCACCUGAUGGUCGGUUUUGUGCUGUGCCUGUGACUGCAAGAUUGGAAAUUCGAGAAUCAUCAACCCUACAAGUAGUAAUUACCUUCAGCUGCAUUGAUGUAGUUCAGAAUAUUGAAUGGUCACCAGAUUCAUGCUAUAUUCUGACCUGCAAUUACAAACGUGGUUUAUCAGAAGUUUGGUCGAUAGAAGAUCCUGACUGGCGUUGCAAAAUAGACGAGGGAAUAGCAGGCCUUGUGAAAGCUUAUUGGGCUCCAGACAGCCGACACAUUCUCACAAUUGCAGAAUUCCAUAUACGAGUCACUGUGUGGUCCUUAAUCAGCAAGUCUGUGUCAUAUAUAAAACAUCCAAAGAAUAUAGCAACAUGUCUGCAAUUUAGUCCUGAUCAUGAUUACCUUGCUGUUGCUGAAAGGAGAGAAUGUAAGGACUGUGUAUCAGUUGUGGCAACAAAGUCAUGGCAGCUAGUUAAGCAUUUUGAAGUAGCAACGCGAGAUCUUGCAGGCAUGUUAUGGGCAAAGGAUGGAUCAGUCUUAAUAAUUUGGGAAUCCCCACUUGAGUACAAAGUUCUAAUUUAUACUUUGACUGGACAUUGCUUAUCUGUAUACUCAGCAUACCAGUGGGCACUUGGAGUAAAAGGAAUGUCUUGGUCUCCUUCUGGUCAAUUUCUGGCAAUUGGUAGUUAUGAUCAAAAGGUGCGGUUGAUGAACCACAUAACUUGGCGAGUAAUAACAGAGUUUCAUCACAGCUCAAGCAUAGAUUCUGAAUCUUGUAACAUUUACAAGGAGGUAGAAAAACCUUUAACAGGGUAUCCAGCAACAUUAGCUUCUGUUCAAGGUCUUCCAUUAGUUCUAGAAACAUCGUAUGAAGAAGAAGAAACUAGACCGGUGACCUUAGCAUCGAUUGUAGUAGAGCCCAGCAAACAGACACAGCCUCGUCUUGGUAUUGGUAUGCUUUUAUUCAGCAAUGACAAUCGUUACCUUGCUUCCCGCAAUGAUAACAUGCCAGCAACGAUUUGGAUAUGGAGCUUACCAAAGCUCAUGUUGAAGGCUGUUCUUGUGCAUGUAAAUCCAGUUAAAGAUUUUGCAUGGGAUCCGCAGCAACCCAGGUUAGCAAUAUGCACAGGAACUAGCCAUGUAUAUUUUUGGUCACCUUUUGGCUGUCUUACUGUGGCUGUACCAGGGGCACCUACACUGCAGAUCUCAUCACUCAGGUGGAAUCCAGCUGGUUCACGUGUUGCUCUCAUGGGCCGCGAUCAGUUUUCAGUGUGUUUUUUGGAUGGUUACCUGCCGAAAGAAGAGACAUUGGAUUCCUCUCAGUUAGAAAUACCAUUUAUUUCUCCUAUCAAAAAAUUGCCGCCUGGGACUCAGUUAGAAGAAAUACCAACUACUGCUCAACUAGAGGAAAGGUUAGCAGCUUCUCGGAUAACGUGAGAGGCAUACCAUGGGAGUAUUGCGCUUUGUAUUUAACCUUUCAUAACAGGUAAUUUAUUAUUAUUGUUUUAAAACAGCUUAAUGAGGCAACCAAAUCACUUAUUUGAGAGGUGAAUAUAGGACCAAGGUAAAGUUACAGAAGUUGGAAGCAAAAUAAAAGAUACCAAAUAAAAUAGAUGAAGAGUAAAUGGUAGAAAGGAAUGUAGGUGAGGUUGCAGAGAUGCUGCAAAGUCCUUUAAUACAAUCUACAGUGUGUUUGCAAGGCAAACUAAAUAUCUUUAUGCAGUUACUGGAGAGAUUUGGACUUAAAAUUUUAUCAUUUGUUGUAAUGAACAUUUGAUUCUUACAAAAUGUAAAGAAAAAAAAGGAUAUGCUUGUUUUAUUGGUGUGAAAAAUCUCUUGAUGACAUGUUAAAAUUACAUGAAAUUUCAUCUUCCUAUGGAGAAAGCUUUUCUUAAUUACAGAACUUUACUAGAAUGUGAUAAGAACUUAGUCAUAAUAGAAAGUAUAUAUUAUAACAAAUAAUGAACAUGUACAGUAUAUCAUUAUCAUAGGUGACCUGCAAUGUUAAAUAUUGUUUAUGAUUUUUCUCAGUAUUAAUAGCAAAACUGCAUUGCAUUACAUUAUAAAUAACUGCAUAUCAUUUUAUCUGUACAAUACUUAUCAGAAAGAAGAAUAGCAAAGACUAAAUGUUGUUCAUCUUACUUCAUGGUUUAUUGUAACAUUUUAAGCAACGUAAAAAUACAUAUCAAAGUGUGAAACUUUUAACAAUCAUAAAUAAUUUCAGUAGGCUAGACAGUCAACGGUGGUUAGCUAGAGAAAUAAGAGUAUGUACAUUAUAAUGCUAUAUACUAUACAUCACUGAAGCAUAUUUGCAGGGUGGAUGUUUUGCAUUAGAGAUGUUAAUUUUUUAUACCAAGAGUUAGGCAUGUGAAGUAUGAUGUUUGCUUAAUCAUUAUUGGAUUUCUGUUGUCCUGGUACCAAUCUGCACUGACCUGUGUUUUAUGUCUUUUCUUUUGUUGGGACCAAGUCUGAUUCUCCAUCUAGCAGGAUUUGAAAAUUAGGCAUCAGGUGAAUUCUAGGUGAACUGGAUUGGGAUUAGCAAUGCAUAUUCAUUUGCAUGUUUUAUCAGGAUAAUGUACUAUGGUGAUCUCUUCCCACCAUUUUACAUUAACGUCAACAGUAGUAAGUCACUGUUCUCACCAACCCUAUUAUUAUUUUUCCACAAUUCAUGCAACAUUGCUUCUUUCAGUGUUAAUCUGAUCGAUCUCAUCAUUGUCAUAUCUUUUAUUAUUUGUUGGGAGGAGGGGCUGCUUUAAUUGAAGGCAUUUAUUUGUGCUUAGCACUCAAAAUACUCCUUUAAUGGCAUAAUCUAGCAGUACACAGUGUAGAUCUAGUAUGAUGGCAUUUCAAAGUGUAUGAAGCAACAUUGUUUUUAAAAUUGCAGUUCUGUAUAUGGUAGGUCAAAGCAUAAUGUAGUACAAUAAAUGUACAAUUAUCUGUCCUUUAAACAAGUUUUUUAUGUGAGGGUAUUUUUGUAAUAAAUUACAUUUUAU